AAAGCUCAAUUCAGCACAAAAAAAAUAAAACUGCAAAAAAUUAAUCGUUUAAAAAAUAUAGUACAAAGUUUAAAAUGAACAUUUUUCACAAAAUUAAAAUGCCAUUAACACACAGAUUAAGUUUGUUAUAUAUUAUUUUAAUCAGUGGCUUUAAAUUGGGCAUGGCAGCUCCAACUGAUAGCAAAAAAGAAUGCAUACUCCCACUUAAGCCAGAUUGGACAUUUUAUUCUCCAUUAAUAUUCACAUUAAAUGGAACACUAAUAUCAACCGAAAAUACUGGUGACGAUGUUGAAGAUAUAACGUUAAGUGCCGGCACAGAAGUUUUAUUAUCAUGUACACCAAAUUAUUUUCGUGAUAAUCCCGCCGAAAAAUCAAUAAGAGCGAUAUGCAAAGAGGAUCUCACAUUGCUGGUCAAUGGAGAAGAAAAAGAUUUCGUUUCAGAGCUUUCAUGUGAUGCAAGAGCUAUUGAAGAAAUCAUAACACCAAUCCAUGGAUGUCCAAAAAAUUUAAGAAAUAUUGAAUAUGGCUAUACAAAUCCAAUAAAGCAAAAGUCAUAUGUGCUUGGUGAAGCAUGCAUUAGUACGAAAGGUGGAAGGACACUUUUUGCACACACACGUGUGAAAUCUCCAAAUAAUGAUGUUGCAGAAUUAGCUCUAAAAGUCAUGAAUGGCGGUUACUUACGUUCGGAACAUCCGACACCAUUCUAUCGUAAUGAAAUUGUCAAAGCAUUACGUCCCGAUGAAUAUGGUGAAUAUUUUGUACAAAUACUGGGAACAAAUAGUAUUCCCAAAAUAGGAAUGCGAAAAUUCAUAAACGAAGAUUUAUUGACGCAUAAACAAUAUCAAUCAAUAUUAAAAUUGGCAUGGAACUAUGCAAUCAUCAAUGAUGCAGAUGAGUUGGAAAACUUACAAAAGUUACAAAAAGAUAUUUCAACAUUACAAAUGAAAACUGUCGACGUUUAUUCUGGAACCCAUGGGGUACUUUUAGUCAAAAAUAAUAAUGAUGAACAAACAGAACUUUUCUUAAAAGAAAAUAAAUUUCCUGUUCCCAAAUUCAUUUGGUAUGUUGUAAAAUCUCAAAAUAAAGCGGCUGCAUUUGUUAUAUUUAAUCGAACUUCUGUAUCAGAUAAGGAAAGACAACGUGAUACAUUCUGUACAAGCAAGUGUGAAGAACUUACUUGGAUUCAUCAUUUAUUAGAAAAUAAAAGUUUUAAAAAAGCUGAAAAUGGACUUGUACUUUGCUGCGAAUUUAAUGAAUUUAAACGUACUGUAAGUGAAAUGCCAAAUUUAGAGAAUAUUAAUGAAUUAUUGAAAUAGAUUUAAAUUGAAUUAAAAAAAAAUACUGAAAAUGUGUAAUUUUACUAACUUUGAUCUUGCAUAUACAAGAAAAAAUGUCUUAGAGAUAUAAAAAAAGAAUUAAAGAAUUAGGAAAAUAGUUUAAUUUAAAAAUGCAAUGUAAUUCAAAUUGAAAGCAUAAUUCCUAACUUGCAAGUGGC